AUGUCGUAUGAGAAAUCAGCAGACGUUGGAAUAGAUUCUCAUUUAUACAAUGGAUCAUAUUUAGAAAAAGAUCUUGAUGAACAUCAUGCUCCAUAUAAAUUUAUGUUUCUUUUUCUGAUCCUAUUUAUUGGUUGUCUUUUCAAAACAGUAUUUGCUUCUUUGCGAGUACCAUACACUGGUCUUAUUAUAUGUAUUGGUUUGAUAGGCGGUAUUCUCUUCAAUAUUUUUAGCAAAGAUAAUACAUUUCUUAGUAUAACAAUAUCAUCACCAGAUCUGCUUGCUGGUAUCUUCUUACCUGCACUUAUUUUUGAAUCAGCAUAUCGUGUUGAAUAUCAUGCAUUCAUGAAAUCCUUCUAUUCUAUUUUACUCUUUUCAAUUAUUGGCUAUUUUACAUCAUUAUUUAGUAUUUCUAUAAUAAACAAAUAUCUAUUUUUUUUUCAACAAUGGACAUUCUUUCAAUGCUUAAUAUUGGGUGUUAUUCUUAGUGCUACUAAACCUAUAACACUUAUGCGUCAAACAGAUUAUGGAAAAACAAAACGAUUUAUUACUAUACUUGAAGACGAAGCAGUGAUUAACAACAGCUUAGCAAUCGUCUUAUUUAAUGCUUUGAAAAUUGUUGUUGUGAACGAAAAUACUUGGUGUACAAUACAUUUUUUUAAAACUACAGCUAUAUCGUUAAUCGGUGGUAUUGUAUUUGGUACCAUUGCUGGUAUAUUGGAAAUUAUUGGUUUACCUUAUUUUUAUGAUGAUCCAAUUAGUGAAGUUACUAUAACCACUGCUAUUCCUUAUAUGCUCUAUUGGUUAUGUGAACAAGUAUAUUCUUCUGGCAUUAUUGCCAUUGUUGUUCUUGGUCUUAUAUUAUCGAAUCAUAAAACAGCGAUCAGUUCAGAAGCAGCUAUUUUUAUGGAAAAAUUUUGGGAUAUGCUAACCUUGGUUGGAAAUACAAUAGUUUAUCUUCUUACAGCACUGGCUAUUGUCGAAUUCAAUAAGUCAAUUCUAGAAAUAUCAUCCAAAGAUAAUACUAUUCUUCUUGAUAUCGGAUUGGCUAUUAUCAAUUAUUUUAUUUGUUACAUUGUCAGAUUUUUCAUGAUAAUCUUAUUAACACGUUAUACAAAAUUAUGUCGAAACUGUCAUUUGUCAUGGCAAGAAUGCUUAUUAGCUACUUGGGGCGAGUUCAAAGGAUCAAUAUGUUUAAUUCUUUGUUUGGCACUUGCAGGCGAAUUUCAACUUGCUGAUAAACAAUUGACUCGUCAUGUUUCAUCAAAAUUCAAAAAUCAAAUCUUGAUAUAUAUAAGUAUUAUUGUCUUUCUGUCCAGUUGUAUGAAUUCCACUUAUUCACUAUUACUGAAGUUAUUAAAUUUUACUAAAAUCUCUGAAAUAAAAUAUCAUUAUAUGACACAAUGUGUAGAUUCAUUACGUGCGCUUGUCAAAGAAAAAAUCGAAUCCUUACAAAAGAAUAAAUAUUUAGCUAAUGCUGAUUGGAUUUUUAUUGAGAGAAACUUUCAACUUGAAAAUCCUCAUGCUCUAAAUAUGAUCAAUAAUGGUAAUAGAAAUAGAAAUUCAAUUGAUUCCAAUGUACAACAUUCAUAUUGCCAUCGGUCUAUUCCACUAGAACUCAAUCAAACACAAUAUGAUGAUUUAUUUGAAGAAGCUAGAAUUCGUAUUAUUAAUAUUCAAAAGACAAGCUUUUGGAGGCAAUAUAGAGAUUAUGAAAUUUCAACACAAACUGUACGCAUUUUAUCAUCACUUUCUGACUUUGCAAUUGAUAGAAAUGGCCAAUAUAUUAGUAUUGAUCAACUCAAAUAUUACUAUAAACCACGAACAGUUGAUUUUAUAUGGAAAUAUUUGAAAUCAUCAGCUGAAAAAUUACAUACCUGUAUUCGUAAUGAUUGGCGAAAAUAUCAAAUGAUACCCAGAAAUAAAUGGCGACUAUUCUAUUUUAAUAUUCUCAAUCAUAAGCAAUUCAAUGUAUUCAUGAUAUUUGUCAUCGUUUUUAAUGCGACAUUAGCAAUCAUUAGAUCGGUAGUAAUUACAUCGAAUCAAGUUAAUCUAGCGUUAACUAGCAUUCAAAACAUCUCGAAUAUAAUUUAUCUUCUAGAAUUCAUUAUUAAAAUUUAUACCUUUGAUAGUCGAAUCUAUUUUCGAACAUGGAUUUAUUAUCGAAUCGAGUGCAUUCUUUUGAUAUUAGUGAUCAUUGAAUCUAUUUUAGAAUAUUAUCAUUUCAUUUUUUCUAAAUCUAUUAAUCGUCGAGUUUGGUCUGUCAUGCAAAUUAUUGUUAUUAUUCAAAUUCUUCGUAUUAUUCGAACAACCGAUUAUAUACUAGCUAAUUUGAAUAUCAUUUUUGAACGCAUAGCUAAUCGUUAUGUAACACUUUCACUUGAAUUAUGUACGGCAUAUGUAGUUAGUGAAGAUGAUGUACUUUCAAAAUUACCUCGUAUUAUUGAAAUUGAUCAAAUUCGAGAUCAUUUUCAUAAAGAUUCGAUAAGACGACGAGAACAAUUGAUUAAUGAAUUAACUUGUAUUCAAACUGAACAUCCAAAUGUAUCUGCAAGCGUUAAAACGCGUGCAGCUAUUCAAAAACUACUCAACUAUUCAAAAAAUAUUGUUCAUCAUAUGGCACACAAAGGCUUAUUAGGAGAAAAUGAAUCCGAUAGGAUUACACAGAAUAUUAAUCACAAGCUUCAUACAGAACUCGUUCCACCAAUUUUAUUCUUUCCUAUUCCAUUCAAUUUCUUACAUGUAUUUCCGUGGCUUCAUGAUCCAGAUGUACUUGAAUAUGUAUUGAGUCGUCUUCAUAUUAAGUCAUUUUCAUUAAACGAAUAUAUUUACAAAUUAGACAAUGACUCUCAAGCAUUAUUUUUUAUUACAGCUGGUUACGUUGAGACAAUAAGAAAUAUGCCGAAAUUUUAUGAUGCUUUAUCAAUGGAAAAUUUUCAUAAAAAUAAGGAAAAUAAUUCUUAUGAUACUUUACAAUCAAAAAAAGAUUCAUAUUCUUUUGAUCCAAAAUCUGAUCUUAUUGAUUCAACUAGUCAAUACGAAACGGAGUCUCAUGUUCGUCAACAAUAUCAUGCUGAUCUGCAAAAAGUAGAUAUCAUCGAUAAGAAAGUUUUGUUAAAUGAAGAUUUAUUUCAAUCGUCUGAUGAUCAUUCUGAACAAAAACAAAUAUUUUUUAAUACUAAGAAUAAUUUAUUAAAUUUUAAUGAAAGCAUUCUUUCUCAGCUUAAUAUGAAUGAUUCUAUAUUUGAUUUUUUUUCAACUAAACAAUCAACUAAAGUCCAUCGAUUAUUACAUGCACCAGGUGAUAUUAUUGGUCAUAUUGACUUACUCAAUGGACAGAAAUAUACAGAAACAUGUAAAUGUAUUACAAAUACUCUCGUUUGGUAUUUAAAAGCAAAUGAUCUAAUUGUUCUUAUCGAACGAUUCAACCAUUUACGGAUCUUAGAAAAAAUUUGGCAUUAUACUUCAUUACAAUUAGCAGAAAUUGUAUUGUAUGAAUAUUUGAAUGCAGUGCCAUACAAUUUAAAUGAGCAAGAACGUAAUCAUAUUUAUGGCCACUUAAAACAUGCAUUUCUUAUACCAGAAUCAUAUUUAAUUGAACAAAAAGUAAUCUAUUCAUCACAUGAACUUAUUCUUAUACAAGGUCAAUUACAAAACAUUGUUUCAUCGUUGAUUUAUACUGGUCCAUGUUUUAUUCAAAUUGAAAUCGGCAAAAGUGGUCUUAAACCAUUAAAUAUCAAUGAAACAAAAAUACUCGCUCUUCGGAAUACUCAUUAUCAUCAUACGCUUUAUGAUGAAUUUGUUUUACAACAAGAUUUACCAGGUUUAAUAGCACAUGUUAUUUACGAUGAAAAAUUAUGUAUUUAUUUACCUCGUAUUGGUGCUAAAUAUGAACAUAUUCGUAAACCGUCUAAUAGCGAAGAACCUUCAGCUGAAAUCAUCAAGAAAACAUUAUUAGGCCGAUUUCUAGAAAAUCUACCAAAAUUUCAACGACGUAUUAUAAAUACAUAA